GUCGUAAAUAAAUGUUUUUAAAACCACGAAAAUGAAUUCCAAAAUUCUAGUGGUUGUGCUUCUAGCAUAUUUUUUGGAUAAUUAUCCAGCAGCCUCAGUUAGCCCAGUUAAAUUUUCAACUUUGAAUGUGAAAAAUACUCCAGCCUAUAACAAAAACACUCUAGUUUUCAACCAAGACCAACCUAUUCAAAGUCAUGGAAAUAAAAACCUCCAAGGGUUAGACAUAGAUGACAAAGAUGAUGAUUAUGUACAUGAAUAUGAAGAAGAACAAGUAGAAGAAAAAGAAGAAGAAGAAGAAGAAGAUGGCAAUGAAGAAGAUGUGGAAAAUAAUAAAAUUAUGACAAAUCAACCUAUAAGUUCUUCAACUUCUAAACCCAUAGUUCCAGAAAGUGUGAAUCAAGAAAAUGAAAACCUCCAAUUGAACUUAGAUGACAAAGAUGAAGAUUAUAUACACAAAUAUGAAGAAGAACCAGUAGAAGAAAAAGAAGAAGAAGAUGGAGAAGAAAGAGGAGAUGAAGAAAAUGUAGAAAAUAAUAAAAUUAUGACAAAUCAACCUAUGAUAAGUUCUUCAACUUCUAAACCUAUAAUACCAGGAAGUGUGAAUCAAGAAAAUGAAAACCUCCAAGGAUUGGACAUAGAUGACAAAGACAAUGAUUAUGUAUAUGAAUAUGAAGAAGAUACAGUAGAAGAAAAAGAAGAAGAUAGAGAUGGAGAAGAAGGAGAUGAAGAUGUGGAAAAUAAUAAAAUUAUGGCAAAUCAACCUAUGAUAAGAUUUUCAACUUCUAAACCCAUAGUACCAGAAAGUGUGGAUCAAGAAAAUUACAGUCAUCAAGAAUUCGAAACAUUUGAAGAAGAAGUAGAAGAUGGUCAAAAUGUUAAAGAAUAUUUAGAAGAUCCAAAUUAUAUUACUUCUACAGAUAAAAUAAUGAAUAAUCCAAUUCCUUAUAUCCUACAAUCUUCAGAAGAUGAAUUGAUAGAAAACGAAUAUGAUGCAUCAGAUUAUUCCCUCAAUGACGGCCAUCAAAAAUUACAAAGUUAUGAGUCGURUAAAAAGUCUUCUAAUAAUCCCACUGAAAUUUUUGAAACUCUUGACAAGAAAAAUGAUGAUAACAAAGAUCAAUUAAUCAACACAAAUGAAUUUGAAUUAAACUCAUACGAUGAUACACAGAUAUCUACUGAAAAACAGGAUGAAAAUACAGAAGACCAAUAUGUUUCAGAAAAUAAUGAAAGAACUAUCUAUGGGUAUAAUAUUAUAAAGAAAAUAUUAUACAUGUUACAUGACUAUGGAAGCUUGAUAUUCAAUUUUAUCAUAAACAAAAUAAAUUACCAAAUGGAACAGAUCUCAAGUUAGAUAUAGUGUUGCGAUAUUAUCAAAUAAAAAAUAAAAUAUGGAUGAGAAACAAAGUAAGAAAACGAUAGGAAAAUAAUUAACAUAAGUUAAUUUUUGAAUACAAAAUUUAUUAUAACCAACAUACAAGUAAAAGCUA